AGGUCACAAUGAACUAUUCCCGACAUGUCUACAUGGGCCUGUGGACCGAAACUAGGUGAAGAAAGAAGAUAUUUAGGUUUUAAGCCACAUCAUGAAAUUGAACAGAUCGUCCUCAGGAAGGCCCUCUUAAAAGGCAUCCAGAAACUUUCUCCAGAAGGGCAGACAUCUGGUCUGGAAGGAUUCCAUAGCCUUGUUUGUGGUUUUGCCACCAAGAAUCUCCAUUUCCACCAUGCACAAAUGGCAGUCAGGAUGCUGAUUGCUGCCAUGCAUUGGAAUGAAAACUCCAGCAGAGCACAGCAAAAGACUAAAGAUGGGCGACAAAUGUUCAAAAUUAGUUUUCCCAAAGGAAGGAAACAGGAUGGCGUGACAAGUGCGGUGAAAGAAAAGCAAACAUAUGAUUAUGUGUCAACGCUUUUGGCAGCCUUGCUGAAAUUACGACAAACUAGAGAAACACAUGCAAAAGCAAGGCUGGAAAGGAAUUAACUGGAGGAGG